AAACGCAAACGGAAACGAGGCCCAUCCGGCGCGCUCAUCACCAUCUUCGUCCCCGCCCGCUGGCAGAGCCCAACAAAGCAACAGAAUAGACAACAGCUCGACUCACUCACUAGCUCGGUCACUCCAGUGUCACUCGACUCGAGUAGUCGAGUCCUCAACCCACCGAGCCGAGCCAGACCGCGCGGCCAGGCCAAACCGACCGACCGACCCGAACAACAAACUCCCCCCGCCGCCGCCGCCGCCGCAACAACAAAGCUUCGCAUCGCGUCGCCGAGCUGCGAAUGAGCGAGGACGCCUUGGCGGCGGCGGGAGCGCGGGCUGAUGGGGAGGCGCGGGCGGGGCGGAGGCGGGCGUGGGAGUUCAAGCGGGAUCUGGCGGCGGGGGCGCUGAUGGGGGGCGCCGUGCACACGGUGGUGGCCCCCAUCGAGCGCGUCAAGCUGCUGCUGCAGACGCAGGACGGCAACGCGGCGCUGCUGGGCCGGUCGCGCCGCUUCCGGGGAUUCUUCGACUGCGUCGGCCGGACCGUGCGGGACGAAGGGGUGCUCUCCCUCUGGAGGGGCAACGGCACCGCCGUCAUCCGUUACUACCCUUCCGUCGCCCUCAACUUCUCCCUCAAGGAUCUGUACAGGAGCAUACUGAAAGAUGCUGGAACCUCAGCGGACAACAAGUUCAGAUCUAUCGCCCUUACCAAUUUCGUCGCUGGUGCCGCUGCCGGGUGUACUACUCUGGUCAUCAUUUACCCACUCGACAUCGCCCAUACCCGUCUUGCAGCCGACAUUGGCCGAACAGACACUCGCCAGUUCAAAGGCAUCCGGCACUUCAUCCAAACCAUCUACAAGAAGAACGGCAUCCGGGGCAUCUACAGAGGACUACCAGCGUCGCUCCACGGGAUGGUCGUCCACCGGGGCUUAUACUUUGGAGGCUUUGACACCGCAAAGGACACGCUGGUGCCGCUCGAGUCCCCGUUGUGGCAGCGCUGGGCGACAGCGCAGGCGGUCACAUCCACGGCGGGGCUCAUCUCGUACCCGCUGGACACGGUACGGCGGAGGAUGAUGAUGCAGUCGGGGAUGGAGGUGCAGAUGUACAGCGGCACCCUCGAUUGCUGGAGGAAGGUGUACAAGGCGGAGGGGAUCAGAUCGUUCUACCGGGGAGCUCUGUCUAACAUGUUCCGGAGCACCGGCGCGGCCGCCAUACUUGUCCUGUAUGACGAGGUGAAGAAGUUCAUGAACGGGGGUGGGUCAUGAGCUUGUCAUAGGUAUAGAGAAGAGGGAGGGGUUCUCCAGAGAUUUUUUGUUGAUUCAACGCGGAGAUUAGUGCAAAAGGUACAGGGAGCAGCAGCGGCGUGCUCGAGCGUUUUGUACGAGGGUACUGGUUUCCCUGCCGUUUUACUAACCAGUAGCGAGCGCUUCAUGCUCUUGGUUGCUUCGUUUUUCUUGCUUGA